CUGCGUGGCAGCCUGGACCGCGGGGUGGCCUACAACCACCACCGGCGGCGCAUGGAACGCGUCGACGCGCGGUGCUUGCGUGCCUUCGAGAACGCACACGAAAACCGCGCGUUCGUAUCGUCCAUCCGAACGUGCGCCCCUUCUGCGCAUUUUGGAACGCACACACAGCAUCUGCAGCAUCAGCGCGCGCGCGGCACAUGGUCCUCUCGUGUCCUCCCGAGCAGCAUCCCCGAUCACGUACGAGGUCAUCUCUUCGCUCGGGGUGAUCCGAUCAGUAGCACGAGCGUGGCACGAGCGCGGCACGCAACAGCGCAGUCGACAAGUGUGGGGUAGUAGGUGGUUGUCAUGAUCGGCCUCGAGGUCUACGUACACCACGUCGUCAUUAGCUGACUGAAGACUACUCCAAGAUCGAGAGCAUGACGUGGUCCGGAAGCGGCAACGGCACUAGAGAGGACUGGACGUCAAGACGGCCGGCACGUGUGACGUCCUCGACGAAGUCGUAGCAGAAUGUGUUAACGAUAUCGGGGAACGCUACCGAUCGACGUGAUCGGAAUUAUCGAACGACCGACCGGGGGAGAGAGAGAGAGAGGCACUGAGACGAGGUCGACCGCGAGGAAUUGCGCCUUCCAAAGUGGGUCGAACCUGCGACACGCUUACUCUCACUGCGGAGAGGAGAGCCGUACCAUUUCGCCGUGGACGACAGAGAUACGCGGGAGAUUUGCGGCGAACCGGAGGCAUAGAUGCGCGCGCGCGCGCGCGCGUGUCGCACGCGUGCACAAGUACCUACAUGCCAUCGUGUCUACAAUGCAUAGCGCCAGACCACUACGGUGCGACGCGGUUCUUUACUCUCGAUAGCUAAAAGCGAGUAAUAUACGGUAUUUGUGGCAAAAAGCGGACUUUGAGACUGCGGAAAAGGGAAAGAGUGCCAAAAAGAAGGAGCGACGAGGAAGAGAAACGAUAGAAAGAGGAAAGACGGGGAGAGAAAUUGUUUGUAAGAGAAGGGAAGUGGAAAGGAGAGAGAGAGAGAGAGAGAGAGAGAGAGAGAGAGAGAGAGAGAGAAAGAGAGAGGAGCUAGAGAGAGUAAUGAUCGUGACGACGGUCGUGCGGACAAAUGAACACCUCGGCACAGCGUUUGGGAUAUUCCAAAGAUGUGAGGAAUGAUCACGUGGAUGAUGGUCGGGCUGCUUCUGGCUGCGGAAACUUGCGGCAGAAACGUCCUCUCCGGAAACGGAAACGGAAACGGAAAGGAAGAGACGACGAAGCGGCGGGAGGGCCUGAAGGGCGUCAGCGCGGACGAGGAAGACAUCUAUCGUCUAACGUGCUACACUUGCGUCAACGUCAGCGAUAAUCAGAUGUGCAACGAAUGGGCGAUAGACACACCGUGUCCGGUGGGAGGCCGUGAUUUUUGUCGAUCGCUGCACAUUCUGGACAGCCGGGGGAACAGUGUCUUGGUAAGCAAGAGUUGCGCCAGCAGCGAGGAAUGCGGGCCAGCGUCGGUCGGUUGCAUUCCCGUGGACACGCAGCAGAUUUGCAUAAGUUGCUGCGACCUGAGCUACUGCAAUAUCGAGUCGCCCACCAACGCCACCAAUGCGAUCUAUUCCCGCAAACGACGCGCCAAGUCGAAAUCGAAGCGCAAACGGCCCGGCAGAAACGGGGUCGAUGCGGCGACGCGACUCUACGGAUCCAGCUUGCUCUGGCUUCCCGCCUCGCUCUUCUAUGCAUAUCAUUGCUGAGGAAGUAGUAAACACUACUAAACCGCGCACGCGAAGCGGACAGCGCGGAAAUCGCGCCGCGGAAAUCGCACGCCGCCGAAUACGCGACGGUAUCGCCGCGCCAAAACGGGGCGUGACUCGCCGCGAUCAUUCUCGAUCGAACAUUCUUUUCUGUGAUUUCUUCUGUAGUGUCACGCUCGCCUAGAUAAUCGACACCGCCGUCUAAUUCCGACCAAGCUUUCCUGACGAACUUUCGUAGGGAAAACUCCUAAUAUUCCGUGUGUUCCGAUUCUUCGCGCUCGCCGGGCUAAUCUCGGCGACGAUUAUAUCUCGUCCAAUUAUUUGGAAAGGAAUCAAGUUAUCGUUCUAUUUUUCGUACUCCUCCGUUUGACAUCUUCGUCUCCAUUCUUAUAACUUUAAUAAAGAACUCGUAAAUCUUGACAAACGUUGUAUACGUCGAUUGAACGCCUGUGCUUAUACGAGCACAAGCUCGGAGGAACGAGAUGUUCGUUUCGGGGGGAUAAAGCGUCCGUAAGGAAUUGUUUGGAAGUAGUUCCAGAAAAGAUUCAGAGGAACGAGAUCCGUAGGAGAAAAGAGCGGUCGCGAAAAACUUGGCGCCGUUCCGCGCUGUCCGAAACGUUAUUAAUCGGGGACUCUCCGAACUAAUCGGGUCUCCCCCGUGAUGGCAAAAGGAAUUGUUUUCUCGUCGUAGUAUCGGUAGUCGCUAUGCCUCGAAGUAGAAGGAAACUUAUGGCACAAAGAGUAACGCGAUCGAAGGAGACUUAAGGAAAGAUAUCGAUAGAUCCGAAUUCGUUUCCGGCGAGACGACAAUCUAGGCACACUACGCAAUAAAGUUCACGACCACUAAUCACACGAGUGUGUAGUUUAUCACCCGACGAUCUAAUGUCGUGCUUACUUACUUACUUUCGCGAAAUCAAACAUUAAACAGACUGUAUGAUUAAGGAUAAUUAAUUUAGAGAGUGUGUAAUAAUCUAUAAAAGUGUAAACAGCGUAUAUCAAGGCAUCAAGAACAAAUUUUAAUUAAAUCGAUUUCCCUCUUAAUAUCAAAAUAUUUGGCAUACAUACACACACACACACACAUUUAAUUUAAUCCAGUGGAAUCGAACGGAUAAAAUUACUUUAUAUCAUCGUGUGACUGGCGGUUAAUACGUUGAACGUGGAAUGUUUGUUGCAAUUAAGGGCAUAAUUGGUCAAAGUAACCGUUAAAAUUCGCUGCAUCGAAACUUCAGGGGUAAAUUUGCUAACGCUGCGGCAAACCGCGUAGUAAGCCGCGAGUUUGCAACCAGCGAUGCAUCCAGAAGCGAAUUCGAAUUGUCGACGCAAAAAUUAUUCACACGUCUACAAAACUCGCCUAUACUACAGACUCUUCAACGCUACUAUAAUUAUUAAACAAUUACAUAAAUAUAUUACGAUAUAGAUACUAUACAUUGUUUCGGCAUGUAAGAAUACUGUUGGUAAUGAAAUAAAGAAAAUUAUACUUGUCA